CGCCAACAGCCUUCAGUACGAGAAGUGCGCCCGGCUCGCCUCGCGUAGCCGUGGAGCCAAUUUGGUGCAAAGGCGUGCACAGGGGGCUCGCUGGGUUCCCAACCGGACCCGACGUAGACCCGGGAGUGGUGCGCUCCUUCUCAACGGGAUGUGCAGAUGGAGGCCGGAGGAGACGCUGCUGCCCCAGCCCCCGGGGACGCCGAGGACUUGGAGGACACGCGGCUCCCCAGUGAGGAGGCUGGAGACGGUGGAGGGGUCCAAGAGGACCCCACAGAUUCCGAGGACCGGAGCCUGGAGGAAACAGGAUCCGAGACCAAGGACCAGCCACCCAGCCUGCUGUCACCACUGCCCCAGUCAGAGUCCCCUUCAUGUACCCAUGGGCUCUGGGAUCCUGCAGCCUCUGAGAAUAAUGCCAUGGAUGACUCUGAGAGUGGCUCCGGGGGCCAGGGCGGAGAUCCAAGUGACGAGGACUGGCGCAGCAAGCGAAAGCACGUGUUUGUACUGAGUGAGGCAGGCAAGCCCAUCUACUCGAGGUACGGUAGUGUGGAGGCACUGUCGACUACCAUGGGUGUGAUGACAGCUCUCGUGUCUUUCGUGCAGAGUGCAGGAGAUACCAUCCGCGCCAUCUAUGCUGAGGACCACAAGCUGGUGUUCCUACAGCAGGGCCCACUGCUGCUGGUGGCUGUGUCAAGGACUCCUCAGUCAGCAGCCCAGCUGCGGGAGGAGCUUCUAGCUGUGCACGCACAGAUCGUGAGUACACUGACCCGUGCAAGUGUGGCCCGCAUCUUCGCCCGUAAGCAGAACUACGACCUCCGCCGCCUGCUAGCUGGCUCCGAGCGCACCCUAGACCGGCUUCUGGACAGUGUGGAGCGGGACCCAGGUGCCCUGCUCCUGGGUGCCGUGCGCUGUGUGCCCCUCACUCGCCCGCUGCGGGAAGCACUGGGUACACUGCUCCGACGUUGCACAGCACCUGGCCUGGCACUGUCCGUGCUGGCGGUGGGUGGUCAACUGGUGACAGCAGCCCAGGAGCGGAAUGUGUUGGCUGAGUGCCGGCUGGACCCAGCUGACCUGCAAUUGCUGCUCAACUGGGUCAGUGCACCUGCCUUUGCAGCAGGGGAAGCGUGGGCACCUGUGUGCCUGCCCCGCUUCAACCCAGAUGGUUUCUUCUAUGCCUAUGUGGCCCGCCUGGACGCCAUGCCUGUCUGCCUGCUGCUACUUGGCACUGACCCUGAGGCCUUCCAUGACAUGGCCACCUGCCGGCGCCUGGUGGAAGACGGCAUGCACACGCUUGGUGCCAUGCGUAACCUUGGGGAGGCUGCCAGUUUCUCUAAUGCCCCAUCAGCCACUACCCCAUCCUACAGUGUGCAGGCUGUGGGAGCACCUGGCCUUCGGCACUUCCUCUAUAAGCCACUGGACAUCCCUGACCAUCACCGCCAGCUGCCUCAGUUUACCAGCCCUGAGCUAGAGGCCCCGUACAGCAGAGAAGAGGAACGGCAGCGUCUAUCGGACCUAUACCACCGCCUGCAUGCUCGCCUCCAUAGUAGCUCCCGGCCUCUGCGCCUCAUUUACCACGUGGCUGAGAAGGAGACACUGCUGGCCUGGGUGACCUCCAAAUUUGAGCUCUAUACCUGCCUCAGCCCCCUGGUGACCAAGGCAGGUGCCAUCUUGGUAGUGACCAAACUCCUACGCUGGGUGAAGAAAGAGGAAGAUCGGCUUUUCAUUCGUUAUCCACCCAAGUACUCGACACCUCCGGCAGCCUCAUCUGCCUCUACGGACCAAGCUUCCCAUAAUGGCUUGUUCACUGGAUCUUGAGCGGCAGAACCUCCCAGAUUGGGCAGUGCUGGGAACAACUACCUUUGGCUCUUACCUACUAUCUCCACCCUGCAAAGGGGGAGCUGGAAGGGGUGGGGUGGUUGAUGGUGGUGUCUGUGGCUCGUCUCUCUCUCCCUGGACAAUAGGGCAAGAUCUAAGGGCUUGCCCUCGAAUGAGAGAUGACUGGACAUAGGUCAGCAGGCUGCUUCCUCAGCCCCUCAUGCAUCUCCACCUAUGGAGAAAUCCUUAGGCUUCUUCCCUUCCCUCUGCCUCACUAUCUCCACUUGGAUGAUGUUCCAGCCUCUGUCAGGGACUUUCUCCUCCAAUACCUAGGCACCAUGCCCUCUGUCCUGCAUCUGGAGUCAGCCUCCUCGGUGGGCUCUUAGCCCUGAGUGUCCAGGGCUGGCCAAGGUCUCUGUGGGUGACCCAUGGGACCAGCCUGUGCUGGAACUGACCUAAAGAUACUUAAAAGAAAAGGUCUAAACCAGUCCCCACAGGGACAUUCCUUCGCCCUUGUUGUACUUCAUCUCCCUGUCAAAAGGGACCCCAUCAGUGUUGGCUGCUGCUAAUGUUAAUGAGAAAGGUGGUCCUCGCAGUCUGUCUGUGAAACCCAGGGCAAAGCCCCCGACUUCACACAGAGAUCCAGAACUUUUACGUAGGAGGUGCACUUAGCUUCUAAGGCUCCUUCUGCUCAUUCGUGAAAUAGAGAUAACUGACCUCUCACCGGCUAAGUGAGCAUUUGUGAAUGAAAAGGGACUCGGACUCUUGUGUACCACCCCACGACACAUGGACAUUUGCCCCAGACUUUCUUACAACCUGCACUACACGAGCAACCUGGAGGGGGCGAGACCUUUCUAAUUUGUAUAUGUACUCACAACACUUGGUCCCCAAUCACUAAGACCCUAGUUCUAGCCUUGUUUUCUCUACGAACAGCCGCACGUCGCUGAGCCAGAGGCUCGCGGAAACUCCAUUGCGCUCAUUCUGGUCCAGUGAGCAGACUGCGCUGCACGCAUGCGCGCUGCAGAGCCUUUCUGCCCUCGCGUGCUCCCCCUCCCCCCCAUCAAUUGUCGAAGGCGCAUGCGCCUAACUCCUGCUGGGAAAAUGGCGGCCAAGUUGGAGCCGCUGGCGGCCUCGGAGGAGGCGGAGGAGGGCGAGGGCGAGGGAUGCGCGGGUAAGCCGGCCGCUCCGGCCAGGGCAGAGGGGAAGCCUCUGUCCCAGUCCAAUAGAGAGAGAUUGAUAGCGGUUCCAAAAAAAAAGUAAAAAUUUAGGCCUUUUAUAACAAGGUAAAUAAUACUUCAGUAUGCAUCUCUUCAAGCAACGGAUGGAGGUAGACAUUCUCACAAAAACCACUCUGCUGCUGCUGCCACAUCUGAGGAAAUUCACAGUAACUCCCCAUCCUCUGACACCCAGGCCGUUCACACGUUGUGUGGACUCUUAAAUCCUAACCCCACAAACCGCUUUUCUCCAGGGCGUUGUGACAAUGAUGCCCACACCUUCGGGGGGUGGGGGGGGAUUGCCGUCUAGAAAAGAAGAAAACCCCCCAAGACUGAACCGCCACUGUGCCGCCAGCAUUCUCUAAACUAUAGGAAUGUUCGGAAUGGACCACAGUACAGGAAAUAGCAUGAUGCGUGCCCGUGUACCCGUCACUGUUUCAACAGCUGCCACCUUUCUGCCCUCCACUCACCCAUAGCCCCCUUUCUGCAGCCUAAACCGCUGUGUUACUAAACAUGGUUGCAUUUUGUCCAGACCUGUCUGCAGACAUCGACAAUAACUUGUUUAUUGUCCUAGGAUGUCAGCGCCAUGAGAACCAUUCGUUGCUCUUUCCCCAAGGCCCAAACAAUGCCUGCUUGGCACAUAGUAGGUGCUCAAUAAUUUGUGUAUUAUAUGAAUAAUGAAGUAACUAACAUGGAGAGCUCUCUCAGAUUAGGGCCACACAUUGAAUGCCAGCUUUCUACAAAGGACGGACAGAAAUGAGACAGAUGCCAAUAGAUCUCAUUGAGCACUUACUGCAGCUGCCACCUACUACAAAGCUUUUAGUAUCCACUUUCAAGUUUGUCACAAUUGAAGUUACUUCAUCAGCAAGGAGGAAAUUUAAGAGCAGGUGAUGUUACCAUUUUUAGCCAUUAAAAUUGGCUUUAUAAAAGGAGAGAUGAUAUCUAAUAUUGAUUACUCUGGGGGGAAAGGCCAUCUUUUGUCUCACUUGGAGAGCUGACCAGUAAACGCUUAGCUGGAUGUAGUUUGGCAGAACAUUUUUAGCAUCUAAAAUGCUAGUCACUAUAUUCGGCCACCGGGCUUAGUAAUCAGGAGAAUAUAGAGAUACCUGGGCCAGAAAAAGUCAUUAGGACGUUGUUGAUGGAAGCCAAAAAAAAGGAGCAAUUAUGGAAAUGGCUAAGCUUAGGUAUAUUCAUGCAUAUUGUGGAAUGCCUGUGUGUGGUGGACCUUUAAAAUUUUUUGAGCAGCAGGAAAAAAAUGGUUAAAUUGCAAUUUAAUUUAAAAUAAUUAAAAUGUAAAAGGAUAAGACCAUGAUUUAUUGGCACAGAAUGAACUCUAAAAAGAUAUUUUUAUGAGGAAAAAGUUUGGAUUUUCAAAAUAAAGUAGAAGCAAUGUCAGCCAUAGCCCUUUGUAGGUUGCACAGAAAAAUAUCUGAAGGCAAAAGGCCUCACUGAUGACUCUUAAUAAGGGACUUGGAUCUUGGGGGCUGUGCAAAAGUGGAGGCAUUUUUGUGAUUGUUUUUCUUUUAGGAAACUGUAAGUAGCACUGUAUAAUUUUUUAAAAGAUGAGAACGAGGGAAAUUUGAAUUGCAUCCGAGAAUCAUAUUAAUAUUGAUUAAUAUUGGCAUCUUGGUUUGGAUGGUUAUACUGUGGUUAUCUGGUAGAUUCCCCUUGAAUAGAGUAAAUAUACACUGGAACAUUAAGGAAUAAUGGGCCAUGGUGCCUGCGAUUUAUGGUACAGAAACGCUCACAAAUGGGAAACCUGAUACAAGGCAAGUAGGAGCACUGUGGUCUAUUUCUACAACUUUUAUGUACAUCUGAAAUGAUUUCAAAAUAAAAUGUUUAAAAGGGG